GUAGCCAUCAUGUCAAAAAUGUUGUAGAUGUGAUCUUUUGCGAACAUGGAAGGGCCGCGAGCAAGAAGGAUUUGGCGUCAGAGACAGAGACGGAAUGGAACUCUACUGCCUUUGCACAUUAGGCGCCUCUCCAGCACUGUUUCCUGUUGGUUCUGUGAUUUCAAGACCUCUGUCUUCAAUGAGCCGCUAUUCCUUGUGGGGCGAAGAAAUGCUAGGUUUUUGCGAGUUUGGUUUUCGGUUGGGGUCGGUUUUGGUCUAACUGCAAUACUCGGAGUGUGUAUGAUUCUUCUUUGGGAGGCAGCGGAAAUGCUGAAUUUGUAUCAGGGGAAUGCCUGGCUUGCGAAACUCUUCAGUGACUCCUUAUUUGGGAUUUCCCCUCCGGUUUUUGGAUUGAAUAUAUCAUUCGCUGAUGUUGGAUGCAUUUGUAUAUCUACAGUUAUAUCUGUAACUGCACAUGAAUUUGGGCAUGCUCUAGCUGCUGCCAGUGAAGGAAUCCAAAUAGAGUAUGUUGCUGUAUUUGUAGCAGUUCUAAUUCCUGGAGCUCUGGUGGCUUUCAAUGAUGAGUUGCUGCAGGCAUUACCAACCUUUGCUGUCCUUCGAAUAUUCUGUGCUGGCAUUUGGCAUAAUGCAGCAUGUUGUGCAGUUUGUGGAAUAGCAUUGUUCCUUCUGCCUUUGAUACUCCAUCCAUUUUACAUACAUGCUGAAAACCCUAUGGUAUUGGAUGUGUCUUCUACUUCCCCAUUGUCUGGUUUUUUGUCUCCUGGUGAUGUAAUCACAUCUAUAGAUGGAAUAAGCAUUCAUGAUGCACAAGAAUGGAAAGAGAUUGCUGCUCGUGCACAUGAGCAAACGCUUAAAAUAUCAAACCUUUUGGAUUUUCACUUUACAAUGACCAAUGGCACCAAGGGGUACUGUGUUCCCCAUUCAUUGAUGGAAGUGAGCGAGCGUGUUCAGUUAAGGGAUGGCCUAUCUACUUGUGCCAAUGAGUUUAUGCCAUUUGCUACUCUUUCAUCCUUUAAUUCAGGUAUGCUUGAUGAUGGUAGUAUUGAGAAUAAUCAUCAAAGCAACAGAGAGAGCAUUCGUUGCUUGGUUGCUAAGGAUAUUGUUAAGCUUAACAAGUGUGGUAAUGGAUGGGUGAAAUCUGCAAGCAACAAAAGUAGCUGCCUAUGUUCUGAGGAUGAAUCCUGCUUAACUCCAGUCCAGACACCAGGUUUAACAUGGCUUGAGAUCACAUAUUCAAGGCCUUAUUCCUUGGAAUGCAGGCAACUUGGAAGAAAAUUAUCAGCAGGUGUUAAGAGUCCAUACUCUGAAGAAAUGAAUUGCAGUGGAGCCUUUGUUUUUGUUGGAGACGUAAUCUUCAUGGCUCAUUCAAUUUGGUUGACUGCAUAUCGUCCUCGGGGAUCAUUUUCUUUUGGUGCAUUUCUCCCAAGUAUCCUGGAAAAGAUCUUUCUGUGUACAUUUCACGUGUCUUUGGUAUUAGCUUUUCUUAACAGCCUGCCGGUGUACUUUCUUGAUGGUGCCUCCAUUCUGGAGGCUACCCUUUGUUACUUGAGGUUGACGGGCCCAAGGAUGAAAGUUCUUCGGUUAUGUCUUUUAGCAGGGACCCUUCUUUCUGUCCUCGCCUUCCUAAGGAUCUUUCUUGUCGCUAUAUUAUAAGCUUGAGAAUGAAGCUCUAGUGGAAUUGAGCCUCAGUGGUCGUUGUUGUUGCUGCAUUGAGUGAAUCCUUGAUUGAAAAUAACUAAACUUGAGCAACUCUCUCUCUCUCUCUCUCUCUCUGAGGUAUGACUUGACCGCUUUGUUCAAAGGUUUAUGGAAUGGGAUGGAUCUGGAGCCUUCUUUAUCCGACGCACAUGUCCACAUGAGGGUUCUGAUAGAAAAACUAAACCAUGUGCUGCACAUUUACUGGACACCUCUGCAGGGAGAAGCUGUAAUCCAUAUUGUUAACUUAAAUAGCACCGAGUGAGAGUCAGUUUCAACUUUCAGUGGCUUGAUAUCUUUCCUCAUCAUGGCCUUGCAAGCUUUUUAGCUCUUCUAGUCACAUCAUCACCUCAGACCCUUUUUAAGUUUUAGGUUGUUUAGUUGCAUGAAUUUUUUAUUUGUGCUCAUAUUUUUAUAAAAACAUUACAUCUUAUGUCUUUCUUUA